GUCUCCCACCAUGCACGACCCGAAAGCAACCUCACUCACCUCUCACAACCACAACCACCACAAUGGCAAAGAAAGCGAUCCAAAAGAACCAGAUCGUUAAGCUCAUCGUCGGCGCGGGACAGGCCAGUCCCUCGCCGCCGGUCGGUCCAGCUCUUGGAUCCAAGGGAGUGAAGUCCAUGGACUUCUGCAAGGAAUUCAACGCCCGCACAGCCCACAUGACCGCCGGCACUCCGAUACCCGCGCGCAUCACCGUGCGGCCCGACCGGUCCUUCCACUUUGAGCUGCGGACACCAGCAACCUCAUGGCUUCUCCUCAACGCUGCCGGUGUGGAGAAGAAGAAGGGAAAGCUGAAGGGCGCGAACACUCCCGGAACCCAGAUAGUCGGCUCCGUGAGUUUGAAACAUGUCUACGAGAUUGCGAAGAUCAAGAAGACGGAACCGAGGUUGGCGGGGUUGUCGCUUGAGGGCCUCGUGAAGAGCAUUCUGGCACAGGCGGAUACGAUCGGAAUUGAGGUCAAGCCGUGAAUGUGGACCGA